AUGAUCUCUAACCUGCCAGCCGAACUCAUUCUCCAAGUACUAUCUUAUGUCCCAAUCGAAACCCUGAAUUCUCUACGCCUAGUAUGCCAUCAGCUGCAUAAUAUCCUUGAAGCCCAAGAAGCAUCGAUUUACCGCAACGCCGCCGUUUUCCAUGGAUUCGUACCCUCCGGCAACGUCAACUACAGUAAGAUCUACUCGCGACGGUCCCUUCUCGGCGUAGAUAGCUGGAAGUCGUUCUGCAAACGGCGGGCUUUGAUUGCCCAAAGCUGGCUCGGGCGACAGCCAUCGAGGCUUCGUCAGCAUAGUAGUGCCGCGCCCAAUUCGAAGGUCCAUCGGUUUAAAGUCGACGAGCGAAGAGGGUUCAUCGUGUCAACAUCUAGCGAAGGCUCACUGAACGUUACUGAUCUUGCAACGGGUGAGACUCUUUGGGCCCUUGACAAGAAACUUAACUACGUACGCCGCUUUGCGCAUUGUGAAUACGGAGAAGGGUUCGUGGUCUUUGACCGGAUGAACGGUUCGAAGGAGGUCUGGCGCCUUGCCAGCGAGUAUGACACAUCUCCACCACCUACCUCCGCCCUACCCGACGACGGCCAGCUAGAUGCAUGUGCGCAGUCUGCCUCCUUCUACCACUCAUCCCGUGCCGCUUUCCGGCCGUGGCUCCUCCUGCAGAUGCCGAUCCACACGCGUGCCUACCGCUUCGUCUACCCCUCCCUCCUCGUCUCUGGCACCGAUCAGGCGUUCAUAUUCGACGUCCUCACCGGGGCGCGGGUGCAGCUUAUCAAUGACCUGCAAGACGCUAACGCACAAGGGGACGGGCUGGACGACAUCAACUACGUGGACGUGAAUGUGCGGCAUGUGUUCGUGUGCUGCGAGUCGGUGCUAAAGGUGUUCUCGCGAGAGACGGGGCGCUGCGUGCUGGAUAUCACGUCAGACCAGGUGUAUUACGGCGACCAGCGAUUCAGGCUCGUUUACAUGUCGUCCAGCCACGCGCUCCCGCAAUCAGAGCUCGUACGGUGCAGUACGGAGAAGGAGAUCGAUACCACAAUGCCUGCGGAACGGCAGUUCGAUCAGUUCGUCGCUGCACAUGUCUCCCCUUGUGGAUCGCAUAUGGCGCUCCUGCUCUCCUGCUCGCGCCUCAUCGUCGUGCCCAAUUUUCAGAGGAUCAUAUCGGGCGAAACUACUCUGCGCGCGACCGCGCUCGACAUCCAGCUAGGGUCCAUGAGGUUCCAGUCAAUAUACCUCGCCUACGAGCAUGGCAGGAUUGCCGUCGCUACUGCAAGCAGCGUGUUCAUCGUGCAUUUCACUCUCGGACCCGAUGGUAGCCACGGAUCGGAUAUCAUUGUGCACCGUGUCCUUCGCAUGGGCCGCCGCGUUGACCUGCAGUACAUCAGCUGCCUGCAGAUGACCGACACAGGCCUCUUUGUAAAUUGCGACAUAUCCGCCUAUCCUGACCGGGAUAGCAUAGCGUUCAAUCAAGAGCUGGGCCUGGGCUCUGCGGGGAUCGUUCAUAAUGCUAUUGCGGCGACGUCGACGAUAUAUGACCUUAAUGUCGUACUGGCGUAA